CCCCCACCGCCCCCACCGCCCCCCAACCGCGGCUGGACUUUUGACUCCGGCACGCGGCGUUCGCUUUUCAUUUUUCCCGACGCUUCCCUCUUGGAUCGACGCAGGAAUUUUUGCCCUCCCCGGCGCAGUCAUGUUAAGAAACAACAUUUUCUCCUGUUUUGUUUUCUACGCCGUGCUGCUGGUGCUCAAGAUGUACGUGUUGGCCUUCAUCACGGGACAAGUCAGGCUCAGGAAGAAGGCUUUUGCCAACCCGGAGGACGCAAUGAGACACGGCGGACUGCAGUACCACAGACUGGAUCCCGACGUGGAACGAUGCCGCAGGGCCCACCGCAACGACAUGGAGAACGUCUUCCCCUUCCUGUUCCUGGGCGCCGUCUACUCCAUGACGGGCCCGUCGCUGGCCGUGGCCCGCCUCCACUUCGCGGCCUUCACGGCGUGCCGGCUGCUGCACAGCGUGGCCUACUUGGCCGCCCUGCCGGCGCCCGCCCGCUCGCUGGCCUACGUGGCGGCGCAGGUGCCCUGCGUGUCCAUGGCGCUGCAGAUCCUGGCGGCGGUCGCCGCCUACGCUUGAAUCCGCGUCGGACUCCCAAGUUUACGGGAGGUCGACGGGCGAACUCCGAGGCCAUUUACCGAUUUUGGAAACAAUGUUGGCGUCGGCGAAUGGAACGUGUUGGCCUUCCGGAUAAUUUUCGGGGGCAAAAAAAAAAUCAAAAUUCCUCAAUUCACGAACGUCAUCAAAGACAUUUUAGUCUUCCGCAUCGUUUUUGUAAACAUGAAGUCAAUUUAGGUUGUUUUUUUUUUUUGCCAACAUAACAUACAUUUCAUUUUUUCAUGAACAUCAAACAAUAUUUAGUCAUCAACAAAUAAUGUAAGCGUUUUUGGAUUCAUUUUUGUUGUUUUUCAAGUUAAAACAACAAGUUGGACUUUUUCGUCGACAUAAAACAAUUUCGUACACUUGGGAAUGAAUUAAGUCUUCCGCGCGUACUUUUUUGGCGGACAGCCACGAAUCUCACGUCUUUGUUGCCAUUUGGAGUAUUAGUUUGUAUUUUUUUCAGAAAAAAAACAAACAAACUUUGUGAAAGUCGGCUGUUUCCACACAAACGAUGUCGGCUGGAAGUUUGUUGUGACAGCGUUCAAAACCCACCGCGCGCCGACACUUUUUUAUUUUUUCUUCCCUACUUGAAAAUACGAAGGAAGCUCCUCACGAGGACUGAGUAUAUUUAUUUAAUUAUUUUAAACAAAACGUCAAAUGUAAUAAAACUGUUUGUUUUUUUGUUGUUGUUGUUGUAGUUGUUUUGGGCGUGUGCAAGCUGAAAAUAAAACGCGUUCACGCAAUAUUUGAACUUUAUUCAAAACGAA